UCAGUUAUCAAUGAAGGUUCUUCAUAGUGGCUUGUGUCAUCUGUUGGUGAAAUUCAACAAUAAAAAGCUAAAUCCUCGAAUUGGUGAAGGUCUUGACGAAAAACUUCCAAAUGUGAUUCAUUUAGUUUAUAAACAAUCGGACUUGAAUAAGUUUUCAUGACUUUUAAAUGUUUUAUUUGUAUUCCUUAUGGCCUCUGGUAAUCGAUCUAACAGAACACGAUUACAGGCAUGUUGCUAUUAUUGUCGUUUGGUGAUUACUUUCCUAUUUUCCCAUGUUGGUUUGUGCACUUUGGUAAUGGGCUAUGCUUUUUUGGGUGCUGCUGUAUUUCAAUGGUUGGAAUCGGACAAUGCAAGGCAAGCGAGAAAAUUUGUUAGACCUGUUAAAGAUCGAUUGAUUGAAAGACUAUGGAACAUCACGGAAGGACCAAACAUGCUUCGAGAUGAUUUGUGGAAGCAACAGGCAACUAUACUUUUAAAUGAUUUUUCCAAAGAAAUGAUUACUCUGGUACAACAGAAAGGAUAUGAUGGAAUGAGUGAAGAAACCGAAUCAACUCAAUGGGAUUUCAUGGGAGCUUUGCUAUAUUCCAUUAUUGUUAUGACCACUAUCGGCUAUGGCGAUAUUGCUCCAAAAACUGUUGAAGGUAAAAUGGUUACUAUACUCUACGCCAUUAUUGGGAUCCCGUUGAUGUUGGUUUUCAUGUCUAAUAUUGGUGAUCUUUUAGCAAGCUCUUUUAAAUUUUUUUACUGGAAAAUAUGUUGUCGAUACUGUUUUCAACAGUCUCGAACAAAAGAUCAUCGCCGUAACCGUAAAGAUAAACGAAAAGAUCGAAAAUAUCCACGAAUGCCUCCAAUUAAUGAGCGAUCUUCUCAUGAAAUGUAUGGUCAAAUGAGUGGCAGUCCAUUUUUAUCUGAGAUAACAUACCAACAAGCGCCUGAAGUUACUGGUGUACCAGUGAUACCCAAUAGAUAUGUUUUAGCCUCUGAACAGUUUGAACGCUUAAAAGAAAUAAGUGAAGCUCAAAGAACAGCUUCAAAGACACCAGAAAAUAUAGUAUCACAGCCAACUGUUACUCCAAGUGAUCUUUAUGCAUUUCAUCGAAGUCAAUUUGGUACACCGGUUUAUCCUAUGGGUGUUAUAGCUGAAUCAAGAGAUUCAUCCGAGUCUGAUUCUUCUUCUGAAGAUGAAAUUGAAAGCAAUAUACCGGUAUUAGUUUGCCUCAUAAUCGUUGGUUCUUACAUUUGUGGUGGUGCCUUGUUAUUUAAAGAAUUUGAAACUUGGGAAUUCGGUGAAUCGGCAUAUUUUUGUUUCAUUACACUGACCACCAUCGGAUUCGGUGAUAUGGUGCCUGCCAGGCAACAAUCGAACGUCGAUCAACAACAGAUUAUUAAUCUUAUAUACUCAGCUCUAUAUCUUCUCUUCGGAAUGGCUUUAAUGGCGAUGUCAUUUAAUGUUAUCAAAGAAUCUGUGACAGAAACAGUUCGAGGUAUUGGCAAAAAAAUAGGACUAGUAAAGGGUUCUCGAAGUUGUUAAGACCUUACAAAAGUGCAUUAUAAAAAAAAUUGUCGACUAUACUUUAAAUGUAUUAUACAUUGUAUUUUAUGACGGGUUGAUACUCUUAGUUUGGUGAAAAAAGCCUUAACCUAAUUAAAUACACGAAUUGAAAUUUGA